GGAGAGGGCUCGGACGCCAGGAGGAGGGCUCUGCGAGCAACGAGCCGGCGCGCCCGCCGCGAGAGCCACGCCGAGAGGAGCUCGGCCGCGAUGAGAGCGCAGCAGCCGCCGCGGUUCCUGCUCUGACUCGGCGGCGGCUGGGCUUUCGAAUCAACUUGGGCGAGCGAGGCGCUACACGACGCCGCCUGCCUGGCUCUGGGCGCGGAGGAGGAGGACGAGGACGAGGAGGAGCAGGGCUCCGGCGGCAGAGGCGCCCCUCGUCUCCCGACCGCUCUCCCGCCGCCUCUUGGGGUUCGGAGGUGGCACAGAUCCGCGUCUCCCAAAGCGUGGCUGCAAGAGGAGGAGGAGGAGGAGGAGGAAGGAAAGUCUCGGGGCUCCGGGUGGGGAGGCUGGAGUUUUGGAGGGCUUGCAAGAGGACGAAGCAGAAGAAGAGGCGGACGCCUCCGGAGCGGAGAAAACGGCGGAGGCGAAGGAGGCGACGAGGAGCGGGAGACGCGGACGCCUUCGCCCCGGCGCGAUGCCGCCUUCUGCCCGGAACCGAGGAGUUUCUGGCCGGGGGAUGCUCCUCGCCUUGCUCGUGGCGGUGGGCGUCUGCAACCUGAGAGUGUGCCACGCAGGGAUUGAGUACGGAGAGGUGCUCCCGGAUUCUUUCCCAUCAGCCCCUGCAGAGAGCCUUCCCCAUUUCCUCUUGGAGCCACAGGAUGCCUACAUUGUGAAGAACAAGCCAGUGGAACUUGUCUGCAGGGCUAAUCCAGCUACCCAGAUCUAUUUCAAGUGCAACGGCGAGUGGGUGAAUCAGAACGAUCAUCUCACCACAGAGAGCUUGGACGAGGUUACCGGGCUCCUUGUAAGAGAAGUCCAGAUAGAAGUCUCCCGGCAGCAGGUGGAAGAACUCUUUGGCUUAGAAGACUACUGGUGUCAGUGUGUGGCUUGGAGCUCUGCUGGGACCACCAAAAGCCGUCGGGCUUAUGUCCGCAUAGCAUAUCUGAGGAAAAACUUUGACCAGGAGCCCCUUGGGAAAGAGGUGCCGCUGGAUCAUGAAGUGCUUCUGCAGUGUCGCCCCCCUGAGGGUGUGCCAACAGCUGAGGUGGAGUGGCUGCGGAAUGAGGAUGUGAUUGAUUCUUCUCAGGACACCAACUUCCUGAUAACCAUUGACCACAACCUCAUCAUCAAGCAGGCUCGGCUUUCGGACACUGCCAACUACACCUGUGUGGCCAAGAACAUAGUUGCCAAACGGCGGAGCACCACUGCCACAGUCAUUGUCUAUGUGAACGGUGGCUGGUCUACCUGGUCAGAAUGGUCCCCCUGCAGCAACCGUUGUGGCCGUGGAUGGCAGAAGCGCACCCGGACCUGCACCAAUCCAGCACCUCUGAAUGGGGGCUCUGUUUGUGAUGGACAGUCCUUCCAGAAACUUGCCUGUACCACCAUGUGCCCAGUAGAUGGAGCCUGGACUGAAUGGAGCAAAUGGUCUGCCUGCAGCACGGAGUGCACCCACUGGAGAAGCCGAGAGUGCAUGGCCCCGUCUCCCAAGAACGGAGGCAAAGACUGCAGCGGUGUGCUGCUUGAUUCCAAAAACUGCACCGAUGGGCUCUGUAUGCAAAAUAAAAGAUUUGUAAACGAACCCAAAAGUCACCUACUGGAGGCCACUGGUGAUGUGGCCUUGUAUGCUGGCCUGGUGGUCGCCAUCUUUAUCUUCAUUGUUAUCCUGAUGGCUGUUGGGGUGGUGGUGUAUAGGCGCAGCUGCCGGGAAUUCGACACUGACAUCACAGACUCUUCUGCUGCACUGACUGGAGGCUUCCACCCAGUGAACUUCAAGACCUCCAGGCAUGACACACCCCAGUUGCUGCACCCGUCAAUGCAGCCUGACCUCACAGCCAAUGCGGGUGUGUAUCGUGGCCCCAUGUAUGCCUUGCAGGACUCCUCUGACAAGAUCCCAAUGACCAACUCGCCACUGCUUGACCCACUCCCGAAUCUCAAGAUCAAAGUGUACAACUCCUCCACAGUAUCUUCCUCUUCUCCUGGGAUACAUGAGGGGGCAGACCUUCUAGGAGCUAUGCCUCCAGGGACCUUCCCAGGGGAGAACCUCAGGGAUAACCAUUUCAUGAAUCUAAGAAACAAGACCAUGGGCUCUCAGCAGCUCCUGACUCUGCCUCGGGAGCCCGGGAACAGUGCCACUGGGACGUUCGGCUGCCUGGGUGGAAGGCUCACCAUUCCUGGCACAGGAGUGAGUCUGUUGGUACCACAUGGAGCAAUUCCUCAGGGGAAAUUCUAUGAAAUGUAUCUAAUGAUCAACAAAGCAGAAAACACUCUCUUGCCCUCAGAAGGAACCCAAACAAUCCUGAGCCCCUUGGUGACCUGUGGGCCCACCGGGUUGCUCUUGUGCCGCCCUGUCAUCCUGACCGUCCCACACUGUGCAGAGGUCAGUUCUCCAGACUGGAUGUUGCAACUGAAAACUCAGUCCCACCAAGGAAGCUGGGAGGAAGUGGUCACUCUGGACGAGGAGACGCUGAACACUCCCUGCUACUGCCAGCUGGAGCCCAAGUGCUGCCACAUUCUUCUGGAGCAGCUUGGAACCUACGUCCUGGUGGGAGAGUCUUACUCGCGACUAGCCAUCAAGAGACUCCAGCUGGCUAUCUUUGCCCCUACCCUCUGUACCUCAUUGGAAUACAAUCUCAAAGUCUACUGCCUGGAGGACACACCAGACGCCCUGAAGGAGGUGCUUGAAUUAGAAAGGACCCUUGGAGGCUAUCUGUUGGAAGAACCAAAGCCUCUUCUCUUUAAAGACAGUUAUCACAACUUGCGGCUAUCUGUGCAUGAUAUCCCUCAUUCCCUUUGGAGGAGCAAGCUUCUGGCCAAAUACCAGGAGAUUCCUUUCUAUCACAUCUGGAGUGGCAGCCAGCGGGCGCUGCACUGCACCUUCACUCUUGAGAGAUACAGCCUGGCUUCCACAGAACUCACCUGCAAGAUCUGUGUUCGGCAGGUAGAAGGUGAAGGGCAGAUAUUUCAGCUACACAUUAUGCUUGGAGAGAACUCCAACUCCUUCGAUGCCUUGAAUUCCCACCCUGGUAGUGCCCUCACAACUCAGCUGGGGCCGUACGCCUUUAAGAUCCCUCUGUCCAUACGGCAGAAAAUCUGCAACAGCCUUGAUGCCCCCAAUUCCAGAGGAAAUGACUGGCGGCUCCUAGCUCAGAAGCUUUCCAUGGAUCGGUAUCUGAAUUUCUUUGCCACCAAAGCCAGCCCAACAGGGGUGAUCCUGGACUUAUGGGAAGCCCAGCACCAAGAUGAUGGAGAUCUUAAUACACUGGCCAGUGCCUUGGAAGAGAUGGGCAAGAGUGAGAUGCUGGUCGUCAUGGCAACGGAGGGGGACUGCUGAUCUUACAGCUCUCCACAUGCUGCCGACUUCUUCCGGCAGUGGCCCAAGUGGAGGACAGAGCUCAGAGAGGUAGAGAAAAAGGAAGGAACUGCCCUUUUGGGAUGGAUCUGUAAAAUGGUUGUGAAGAAGAAGCGCAACCUGACUUCAGUUCUGAAGGGAGCAACUUGGGUUUCUUCUUCUCACACUCCUCCCUCCUCAAAUCACAGUCAGCCUUAGAGGUCCACAUUGCCUGGUUUACAAGCAAUCCAAGUGUUAAAAGAAAAAGAAAAAACCCUCUUUCCUCCUCCUCGCAGCCUUUGGAUUGAGGCACACACAAGCAAUGCAUUGUUGGUAACCAGGAUCGCAGCCCUUGGCAGAAGAGACCUCCUCCAUUUCCGUUGCGUCUUGCCAAUCGGGAGGGCUGCUAGAGUCUGGGUUGAGUUUUUGUCUUUCCUUUUGAUUAUUUUCCUUUCCUUUCCUUAUUCUUUGCCUUGUUCUGUCUUAUUUCUUCUUUUUACUGCCAUUUUUUUUUGGACAGUCAAGUACAUUCUAGAAAAGACUGCUUAUUCCUGUCAAAAGCUUAUCUUUUACACACACACACACACACACACACCAGGAAAAGGGGAAAAAAGGAAAACAGUUUCUUAGGAAACGCAAGUAAUUUAUCAUCCAGAUCUUUGGAUGCCUCCUUUUUUAAAGCAAAAAAAUUAAGAAUCUUUUAUGUAUGUGAGAGCAAGAGGAUCAUGGCACUCGGGAAUUGAGAGAGAGAGAGAUUGAGACAGAGAGAGAGAGUUUUAAUGGAAGUUUAAGGUCAUUUUAUGUGUUACUAGUGGUUGGAUUGGUGAUCAUGACCUAAGCCUCAUGCAGGUGUUAAAGGACACACUCAGUCCUUUUUUUCACAUUGUGUUUGCACAUGUUUUCCUGGACUCUUUAACAGAAUGAUUGAUAAAGCUGGGGGCAUAAGGCUAAACCCAUUCACAUCCUGUUACUGAAAAGAAGCCUCGGGUGCCAGUCUGUACCCACUCACCUGGAAUUCACUGGGGCUUACUGCUGAGGAGACAUGUAUGUUAUUGUGCCUGGAGGAGUAACUCUGGAAGCUCUGUUGAAAGAGCACAGGUGCAUUUUUUAUUUGUUCUUGACCAUCUGCAAAUGCCAGUGCAGUGCCGAGCUAUCUUUGACCCAGAGACCCAUUGUUAUUUUCUGCUGUGGUCUCUCAUCUCAUAUCUGCCUCGACUCCCUCUUGCUUUGCAUCACUUCCUUGUCUUUUCCCAAGCCCACCAUGCUAUCUUUUCAGAAACAGUUCAGCAGAUAAACUUUGUACUACUAUAGAAGGGCCAAGCCAGAACCAAAGUAGCCUCAGUAAAGAUUACCCAGAAUAUUGGAAUAUACCAAGAACAAAUUCUGAUGCAGGGUUGUGGAGAGAAACUCUCACUUCUUUGUAUUGGUGAUGAAGUUUUGGCUCAUGAAUCUGUCCUGAAAAGAGGGAUAAGGGGAGGCUUAGCAUAAUAAGUCUGCACAGAGUCUUUUGUUUUUCAGUGCAUACAUCUCAGAAGGAAAAUCUGUAGCAGCUUCCAUAUUUUGGGUGCCGUCACAACUCUGCUUGUGAAAGAUUCAGAGCAGUGGUUAUAUAAGAACGUGCUCCCUUAGAAAACAAAUGCAGAUGCCCUGAUCAUGUACUUCCAGAUCAACCAUGAUCUUGGAUUGCUUGAGGUAUGAGUGGGAGAAAGGUAACAUUUUUGGACAAGCUGGUCAUUUAAAUGGAAACUCAUUUAGAUCAGAGACUAGAAUGAGUGUUACUCAUGGCCCACUGGCAGGCUUCCUGGAGGCAACAGAUUGGCCACUGUGUGAACAGAAUGUGGGACAUGAAACAGCCUUUGAUCUUGCAUUCUUAUCUGCAGAACAUUCUCUUCUGUUCCUAACCAUCAAACAGUCUUUACAACUUAUUUUGGAUAUUUACAACACGUUCUAGAGAAUUCAAGAGAAUAUGGAGAUCUGCACUUGUUCCUAGAGGAAAUCCUUAGAGUGGGUUGUCCCAUUCACCUCGAUAGACAGGAGCUAAAGACCAAUCAUUUUUCAAGAGCUGCCAUCUCCCUCUAGUGGCGAGGGCAAGCCAGCACUUCAUUUUUAGCUCCUGUCUUUGUCUUCAUAGGAUGCUUGUGUGGUCACUCAAAGUUAUUUCACACAAUCCACAAGUGGUGCAAUUUACACUUCUGGUGAGUGCUCUCAAAAACAGUAGCCACUCCUUUGGAUAUAAUGUUUUCGAAGAGCACACAUACUGGAGCACACACUUUCUCAUAUUGUUUGGAACAGAGCUACCCGUAGGAAUGUACAGUGGUGCCUCGCUUAACGAGUGCACUGUUUAACGACG